UGUGUGCUUUUACUGAGAGACACUUAUUGUUGGAUUUGCAGCUGGUUAGAUCCUCAUCUGGUGGUCUCAAUGGGGACUUUGUGGAUCCAUGCAGACCACAGAGGAGGAGAAGGAAAGAGCAGGUGUCCAGGUGAAGCUCAGACUGUUUCAGAAGUGUGGGGUAGCUAGUGAGCAACGCUGAGCUUUUCUGAUUGCCUAUGUGGAAAAUGCCUCAGUGCCUAGAUCUUUUCCAAGGAGGGGGAUUCUUCUUUCUCUGCCUUCCUUGAAUGUGCAGGGCCUGGGUCUCUGAGACCCUGUCACCUCAGGAGUGCUCAUCCACACUCUGCAGUUCUUUCUGACAUCUGUCUUUAGAAAAAAUACAGCAAAUAUUCAAACCCAAAGUAAAAACGAGGAGAUGUGAGUCACAGAUGCGAGAGCUGCCUGCUUCUGUACUCCUGUUCCACCUGCUGUUUUUUUUAAAUGAAGCCUCUAAGAAAAUGUCUUUCAGUCUGUCAGUUCCUGUGUGCUCACUAUAAUCAAUGCUUCAUUUGUCAAGUCCCUUUUAUUUUAAAUAUGCUGCCAUGUAAAAUAACGUCAAUGCUUGACCCUUCUCGUCAUAGCAGUGUAGAUCUCGAAAAAUACCAUUUGUUGCUAGAAUUUUAGAAAGGGUUGUGGCUAAGCAUCUUAAAAAAUACUUAAUUGUCCUUCUUAGUUCUCCACCUCCUUUUUUUGUUUCUCCAUCUGUGUUGAUGAAACAGCGAUACAUAGCUGACACCUGUAAGGACAGACCUGUUUGUCUAGAUACAGCUGAGAUUAACUACGGCACCAGGAAACGUCUUUUCUCAAAUCUCUUUUCUUUUUUGGUGUUUUGGUCCCAUGAAUUGAAGGAAACAUGAUGGGCGUCAACUUUGUUAUGUUUUUUGUGACUGUGGUGUUUUUGUGGAUGAUGACUGUUUCCAAAGGAGGUAAAUACGAUGUUAACACUCCAACUAUUGUUGCCAUGAUGCUAUGACAAAUUUUAAUACUAACAACUGAAAUGUAACUGAUUAAUUAUAAUGUUUUUUAGUUAAAAACAAUCAACAGAACAAACAGCUGUCGUGUUCUGGUAUGUUUCAGGAAACUGCAGGAAACAUUCGUGUCCACUCAUUCUACCACAACCAAGACCAGCCCGCACUUCAGGACAAGCAUUUCAGAAGCAGGACUUCACUAUUCAACAACCAAAUCUCCAGAGGAAAUGCUUCACUCCUGCUGAUGUGGGCGGAUGUUCAGGAUGAAGGCAGAUACAAAUGCUACACCAGCACCAUCACAGGAAACAAGGAAUCAUUUAUAAACCUUGAAGUAAAUGCUCCAGUACAAGAAGUCAAUCUUCAGCAAGUAGGAAACACGAUGAACUGCAGCUCAGAGGGAAUCUUCCCUGAACCCCAGUUAAUCUGGUCCACCAGCCCUCCAUCCAAUGUGUCGCUCCAGUAUGAAACCACAGUCCAGCAGACUGAACAGCAGCUUUACAACAUCAGCAGUUCUCUGAUACUUUCAGACAGUGAUAAAGAUUCUGUUUUUAGCUGUAACAUCAGCACUCGUAGAAACUGGAGGAACGCAACUUUAAGUGAACAAGGGAAUUUUGUGCCUGAUAGAGGCUUCAGAGGAGGAGUCUUUGCAGCUUUUUUGGUCGUGGCAGCAGCUGGUCUGGCACUGUACUGCAAAUGGAAAAGAAGAGAGAUGGGAUUAAAUCCUCCAAACAGACGAACUCUAAACACCCACCAGCUUUAGUCAAAUGAAGACUUCAAACCGUGGUUAUAGCGGGCUUGAAUUAAUUCAUGCAAAAAAGACUAAAAUAGAAACAACAACAGCAAAAUAGAAAAUAAAAGCUGAUCUGUUAACAGUAUUCAUUUGGUAGUCAUGUGCAAUAUUUUUACAGUAAUCUAUAUUUUACGUUCUUUCAGGUAUGACACAGAACAGAUCACGAUUAAAUUUUACGGAAAUAGAAACAUCUUUUUUCAUUUUUUAAAGUUUAAAAAUGAAGUGUACAUCAUGUUUUGUAAAAUUAUGUAACCUUUUUUUUCUAGCCAUGUGUUGUUGCUGUUUUAUUUUUUGAGUUUUCUUUUUCUUACCUACUUUAAUCCUGUUUCAUUAGGUGUAUUUUAUCUUCAGUCCAGCAGGUGGCAGUGUGGUCAGAUGUUUUGCAGUGGAAGCAACUUUUUCUUUCAUGAAUCGUUGAGUUUUUCUGUGGUUUAAAUAUCCCAUUUAUUUAUUUAUGUAUUUAUUUGCAUGUGCAUGUAAGCAUGUAUGGAUUUAUUUAUUGAUUUUUUGAAUAUUUUGUGAAAGCAAAAAUAUUUUUACUCUGUAGGAGAAGCAAACCUAACUUGGACACAAAACACAAUAAAAUCCAAAUUAUGUUUCUUUUUUUAAUUCAGCACACAAAGUAAAAAUAAAUGUAAAAUUUAAAUUCCCUUGGUACGUAAAUAUAAUGAGAAAUAAUGAAGUAGAAGUCUGUUCUUAUAUACUCAGGUGAUUGUGUUUUAAUAGCCUCUGAACUCAUAUU